GUUUUUAUCCACUACUGGCCUUUUGUACACACUGGAGCUCACACACUCCUGAGGAUUUGGAACUGGAGCAACAGGUUCGUUUUAUUCAGACCCUACACUCUGGCAUCAGGUUUAAUUUUACAUUCCUGAAGUUCUGCCACCUUCUACAUCCAAACCCACCAUGGAUACAGCGUUUUUCCGGAGUCCAAUAGGUUCGGAGUCUCAGGAUGAAUGGGGCAGUGGGCUGUGGAUGGCUGGAGACCUAACCCCCCAGGCCCUGGAUGAAGAUAUCCAGCAACAGCAGACAAACACAGAAAGUCACUCUGGAAAUAGGUCUGACGCUUUUCCCUCUCCACCUGCUUCUAGUUCCACAGAAGACGCAGUGGUAGAAUCAAAUCUCUGCCUAACCAGUACAGACAGCACAACCAGAGAUCAUGAGUGGCCUCCCGUGCCAGCACAGGCAAUCAUGGACCAACACUCAGAUUCUCCUGAGGGCUCAGAUUCCAUAGUUUUUCUGUCAGAGGAUAGUGAGGAGCAGGGGAUUGACUGCAAGCCUCUGGAUUUUACAUCUGCAAGAGAGCAGUGGGUCCGGAGGGACAGUAACAGUACCAAACCUCCAACUCCUGCCUUUUCCAGAAGCUCCUCCAGAGGGCUCAUCACCGAAGAGCUUUCCCCACACACAGAUCCUAGUAUAUUCCACCAGCAGGAGGAGCCAGAUGGUCAGAUUCUUGCUCCUGACAAUGAGGACCAGGAAGUGCAACAGGUGUGCACACCUGCUCCACCCCUAGAGACAGUUGCUGGUGAACAAGCAGCCAAUCCGGAUCCUGUAAGCCCAACCUGCGGUGCUAUUGUGGUAAAAGAGCCUUUGAUAGAGGCUGCAGAAGGGCGGAGAGAGGGAGACAGGGAAAGUGAGCAAACAGAUAGAGAGAGAAAGCAGACAGUUUCAGGUUCAGGCUUGGUGGAGACGAGAAGAGAGAGUGGGACAGGAGAUCAGGGGAAAGGGACUUCUGCGGAUGUUUUACAGAAAGCCAGAAGAAUGGAUAAAGAUCAGUUUGAAGAUAGCCAGAGUGACAGUGGGGUUUCCGCAGAUUUCUCCCCAAGCAGCACCACAGAGGUGUCCUCCACAUCCAUAGGGUGUUCCUCCCCAGAUCCCAAUGAAACCCCAAUUGAGAGGGAGAUCCGCUUGGCCAUCAAACGGGAGCAGAGCUUAAGACGAGCCCGUGGCCUGGAACCUGAGGAGGAUAAAGCGAAGGAGUUUGUGGAGAUUCCCAUGAGGAAGUCGAUCCUCUCCCAGGAGCUGCCGCUCAAAUCCAUGCAGAGUGAAGGCAAGGACCGGCAGUUUGCUGGGAAGAAGAUGCAGCAGGAAAUCAAAGCUGAGGUGGAAAGGGAAAAGGCUCUGGUCCAGCUGGGUAGGCUGCCUGGGUUUUACGACAAGGGCACAGUGAGGCAGCUUCGGGAGAAGAAGCGCAUUUUUGAAGCAUUCCAGGAACCCAAGGAGUGUCUCGCUAUCCUGAUCAACAGGCCGUCCUCCUCCUGUGAGAUUUCUAAUGGAGGAGCUCAGUUUCCUGUGAUGGACAAACUCCCUAAAGAACGCACCCGAAGCUUGGAGUUCCUUGAUGCUGAGCCAGAUGGAGGAUUUACUUUGACUUCUACUGGACAUCAUGGCCCAGGACUCAUCGAGGGUACCAAGGGUCAGGUGAUCAUCCUGGAGAGCAGCCCUUUGUCUGUUGUUCACACAUCUGACCACGUGGACAAGCUGGCUGACAGGUCUGCAACAGUGGUGGAUCACUCAGGAGGUGGAAGGUCAUUCUCUGUAAAGCCCUACUCAGUUGGACGAAUCCGAAACGCCAAUUGUGAAGACAGGCACAGCAGAGACGAUAAUGAUGAAGAGUCUGACACAAUGAAGGACAACCCUUUCUUCAAGUUGAGAUCAUCGCUGUCGCUUCGGCCUGAUGUCCAGCAGGACAUUCUGGAUGCCAGAGAGAGAGAAAAGGAACUCCGCAAGCAAAGGACCAGCCUUUACGGCCAGGGGUCAGAGGUCGACGGCACCAUAUUCACUACAGUUACCCCAUCAAGCAACCGCACCCCAGCCAAAUCUGAACGACCUGCAAGAACAUCCGUCACAGGUUCUACUACACCAGUGCGACAGUCUCUCGGCAAGCUGGACCUGACGUGGCCCCCACCACAGGAAGAACACAAAACACAGAUGGAGGUGCAGAAAAGCCCAAAGCGGCAUAAAAGUGCUUUACUGCAACGCUGGGAGAACGGCCUGGUCAACGGACAUGGAGAACAGCAGAAAUGACCAAAAAACACAAAAAAAAUCCCUACAAGAAUCAGCUCCAACAACUAGCACAGCUAAAAGGCCUGCUAAAGCUUAGAUAAGAAAGCAUGCUGGAAGCUAAUUUGCUGGAAAACUGGAGCUUCUGAACAAGUGUGGACCCACCCGUCCCUGUGAGAAACUGUGGACACUUAACUGACCAGCAUCUCACACAUCAGCUGCAAUCGAAGAGCAGAUGGAGCUGGAAGUGUUUGUUUAAUCAGCGCUUUUUAAACCAGAUGUUGUUUCAUCAUUUUGUAGCUCACUGUUAGUUUCUGGACAAGUGCUGGGUGGUAACUGUUUUUCUGUAAGGGGUAAAAUUGAUUGUUUUUAAAAGCUUAUCUUUGUCCCCCUCUGUUGUAGUGUACAGUAGCCUACAUCUUUACAUGUAGUUCCAUACCUGUGAAUUUGAGACAUCCUUGACCAGAUGCACCGCGUUUUGGCUAUGCUGUCCUCUGAAGGGGUGGGCCCACACUAAUAGAUCAACAGAGCAAAAGCCACCUGAAAAAAUAGCAACAUAACAUUACAAGCUAACACUGUACUAAAAUCAAGGAAGGCAGUUCUGUACCAAGUGCACCAAUGGUAAUAAAAUGGCAGGUAACAUAAGCUGCUAUCAGGUGUUAGCUUUUUAGGUGGGUAUAGCAUAGAUAGUCGCAGUUGUCAAGCUUGCAUAUUUUUAUAUAGAUACUGUGAAGCUCUAGAAAAACAUGUGGCAGUCACGAAAAAGACAAAACCUGAUGCUGCUGUUCAUGCUAUCUAACUUCACUCCCUCACUGACAGUAAAUAACAGGAGUGUAAACAGCUGACUUUCAUUAUGAUUUCAUGAUGAUGCUUUAUGAAAGGAUUAAGAGCAUGAAAUCUCAAAUUUCAUUUUAAUUACUUUUGCUACGAAUCAGGUAUUAAACAUACACUGAAUGCACAACUGUGACAUAUGUGGAAUAUAGACAAUUAAAACACACCAAGCUUCUUACUUUCUUUUUUUUGCAAUAAAAAAGCAUUUGUUAAUGAAUAUUAUUAUAAUAUUGAUUAUAUAUACAUACUGUACAUUCUAACAUUCUGCAAUCAAUACAGUUGAUUUAUAAUGCAUUUUUCUUAAAAAUAAUAUUCACACUUAUGAACCUUAUGAGCUGAAUGUCGCUCUGUUCAGUAGAACAGAGAAGUGAACAAAUGUCAUAAAAAAUAAAAGUCUGUUUACUCGUC